GGAAAAAAAAAAUACUACAGACAGGUUCCAUUUUUUCAGUAGUAAAUUGGGGGAAAUUGGAUUCUUCACAGUUUCAAGGGCCUUGACAGAUGGGUCACUGUACAUGGUGACCGUCCUCUCAGAUUCAAAUUCUUCAACGUCACAACGCUUUCUUCAAUUUGCUCUGUAGAUCCGUGGCGGGAUUUUGUUGGCUUCGAAUUUUGGGUCCGAAGAAAAAGUAAAGGUACAAGAUUCAGGACUUUCUUCGAGCUCAGGUAGCAUGCUAUAGAACCCAGUGUUCAUGGUUGAAUUAUUUAUCUUUUAGCUAGGUGAGGAAGCAACAUAUCAAAAGUUGGGACGACUGGAAAAUGAUGGAUUGCAACAAAGGUGAGGCAGUUAGAGCCAAAGAAAUAGCUGAGAGGAAAUUUUCAGAAAGGGAAUAUAUUGGUGCAAAGAAGUUUGCUCUCAAGGCUCAAAAUCUGUAUCCUGAUUUGGAGGAUCUUUCCCAGUUUUUGACCACUCUUGAUAUUCAUAUCUCUGCUGAGAACAAAGUAAGUGGAGAAAUGGAUUGGUAUGGUAUACUUGGAGUAAGUCCCUUUGCUGAUGAGGAGACUGUUAGAAAGCAGUACAGGAAGCUGGCUCUCACCCUUCACCCUGACAAAAACAAGUGUUUAGGUGCAGAGGGUGCAUUUAAGCUUGUUUCAGAGGCAUGGAGUUUGCUAUCAGACAAGACCAAGAGACUAGAAUAUAACCAGAAAAGGAGUUCGAAAGGUUUCCAACAUAGUACUCCCAGCCACCGGUCUCAAUCAGAUGUGCCCUCUUCAAAUGGUUUUUAUAAGAAGAAUGUAACUUCAAAUGUGAGGGCUGGAAACAGUAAUGCUCGGGCAUCUUCAAUUCCUCCUCCACAUAAAAAAGCUGAAACCUUUUGGACCAUCUGUAAUCGGUGCAAGACUCAUUAUGAAUAUCUCAGGGUUUAUUUGAAUCAUACCCUUUUAUGUCCCAACUGUAAUGAAGCUUUUGUGGCCGUAGAGAGGGGCCCACCUCCCAAUGUUUUUAAGCCAUCAAAUUGGUCUUCCCAUCAAAAGCAUCAGAGUUCUCAACAUCAAGCAUCAGAUGUCUUUCAGUGGGGUUCUCACUCCAGAAUGUCUAGUUUUGGUAGCAAAGAUGGAUCAUCAUCUGCUGCUGCUCAAGCUGCAAGUGUUGUGCUGCAGGCAAGUGAGAAAGUGAGGAGGGAGGGAGCAGUAUCCAUUGCUGAAUGGGAGAGGAGUCAAAUGUCUAAAAGGACUAAUGGUGUGAAAAGAAGGAAGACUGAUGAUAUUCGCAUUAAUGGUUAUCAAGGGUAUAUGGCUAACCAUACAACUGUGCGACAUGGAGCGACAGGUAUGGGCAGUUUUUCUGAAUCAGGAAAAGCUACCUCUGAAGCAGAAAGGAGUUAUGGUUUUUCAGGUCAUACUGGCAAGCAUUACAGCACGAGAGAGUUGUCAAUGUUUGAAUUACGGAACAUGUUGAUGAAUAAGUCACGGAUGGAAAUUCGCAAGAAACUUCAAGAAUGGAGAUCAAUGGCUGAAGCUAAGAUUACCAACAAGGACAGAGAGAACAAGAGACAGAAAAGCGCAUUUAAUGGUAAAACAACUGGUUCAGAGAAGAAUAAUGGUAACCGUCAUUUGGACGUUGGUUCUUUCCCUGUUACAUCUAAUGAUACAGUUAAGAAUGUCCCCCCAACAUAUGUUACAAUCAACGUUCCGGACCCCGAUUUUCACAAUUUUGAUUUGGAUAGAACUGAAAUUGCCUUUGCAGAGGACCAGGUCUGGGCUGCUUAUGAUGAUGAUGAUGGAAUGCCUCGAUAUUAUGCUCGAGUUCACAAGGUGAUCUCUGUAAAGCCAUUUAGAAUGCGGAUCAGUUGGCUUAACUCCCGAAGCAACAGUGAAUUGGGCCCCAUAGAUUGGGUUGGUUCUGGUUUUUAUAAAACUUGUGGGGAUUUCAGGACUGGCAAGCAUGAAGUAUCUGAAUCGCUAAAUUCAUUUUCCCACAAGGUUAGGUGGACAAAAGGCACCAGAGGAGUUGUUCGUAUCUUCCCCGGAAAGGGGGAAGUCUGGGCUCUUUACAGAAACUGGUCUCCUGAUUGGAAUGAACGUACUCCAGAUGAAGUGAUACACAAGUAUGACAUGGUGGAGGUGCUUGAAGAUUUUGAUGAAGAGCAAGGUAUAUUAGUUACUCCUCUUAUUAAAGUUGCAGGCUUUAGAACAGUGUUUCAGAGGCACAUGGACCAUGACCAGCAUAGGAGGAUUCCUAAAGGGGAGAUGUUCCGAUUCUCUCAUCAGGUUCCUAAUUGCUUGCUUACUGGCCAUGAAGCUCAUAAUGCUCCAAAGGGUUGUCGAGAGUUGGAUCCAGCAGCUACUCCUUUAGAGCUCCUUCAGAUAGUAACAGGAGCUAAUGAAGACGCGUAGCAUAACCCAGUUCACCUGAUGAACAUGCAUUUGAACUGGGAGAGAGAAUGCUUCCAGAACCUUGUAUAACAGAAAUGCUAAACAGAAAAGGAUCAUAGGAGGAGACAAAGCACAACAUAGGCAAGUUGGUGUGAUUGAUGGUGCAGAAAUUGAAAUGAAGAUUGAUGAAAAUACACUCUUAGGUGACUUUUGAUAUUGUAAGCCUGACCCAGAUAAUAUAUAGUGUCUUUUGUUGUCAUUAUUGGAUCGAAGGGAUCCACAGUUUUUUCGGUUUUUCUUGUAUAAUUUUAUGACGUUUUAUCCGUAGACUUAUGGAUGUCCAUACUAAAUGGCGAACGCAGUUAUCAUUCAUCAUUCUGCAGGCUAAAUUAGAUUAUAGUGUUGGGAUU